AUGAAUACCGGCCUUUGGAAACUAUACUACACCAAGGAGCAUAUGUUCUCUGAAACGGCACGGGAGUCAUGGUCACUUCCUGACCUGCAACCCCUGUCUGGGAUAUCAAGUCCAAAUCAGGAUUCCCCCUCAGGGCAAGUCAGUAACCCUGACAGGCUCCUUCAAUACGCCUUUGCAGUUGUGCAACAUACUCUCACUUCAGGCUCUCGCCGCGGCCAAGUUAUCAAGGAAGCGCUCGAUUCGCUAAGGAUGACCACGAUACGCCUCAGAACGACAAACUCGUCUGUCCCCCCCUAUUCUGAAACACAAGCCUACUUCUGGAUUCAAGUGGUUCAUGCUGCCAUCCAAUCAAUCAAGGCAACUCCGGGAAGCUCAACAAGCGAAAGGUCAAUAGUUGACAUUCCUGCAUCGCGCAUUGGCUCCGCUACUCUCAACGCGCUCUUCGAAUUGAACUCAUCUACUUGGAGACAGUAUUACUCUGAAAAGGUCUGGAAUAGCAUUGCUGCACGCGUGGAAUUCGUCCCACCAGACCUCAAACCGAUACCAAAUGUCAUCACCAUCUCAUCCCAAUCCCAAGAGCAGGCUGCUCUUUUCAAGCAGAUGGAACUUUCUCUGCUACAGAGUAGUCCUAGGUUGCCAACAGUCGAGUGCCUUUCUUUCCAGGCAAUCUGGGUCAUUCGAGAUGUGCAGGCACUGGCUGGAUCCUCAAUGGUGGAUUCUCCCAUGGGAUCAGAAAAUGGCCCAGGAAAGACUGCAUUGGAACAAGCAGAAAAAAUGUCAGGUCCUCGGGUGGAUUCGGUCACACACAAGAUGUUCUGGAUCCAAGUUUUCUUAAUUGCUAUGGCUCGUGCAGAGGCUUCUAAGAAGCUGGCCGACAAGGAGACAUCCCCGGAAAAAGCCACAUUUGAAGCAUUCAUCCGUGGCAAUCUCCAUCUGGUCCAUGAAGAUUUGCCAAGCUUAUAUUACACCCCGGAGAUCUGGCAAAGUAAAGAGGCAUCCGAGGUUAUGAUUGCGCCUGACAGGAGGAGGAUGGAUGGGUUUCUUGAAUCAAGGGACAAGGACAAGCUGGGACAAUUGGUUUUUAUCUAG